UCGACCCUCAGUCAGGACACGUGUCUGUAGCUGGACCGCUCGACAGGGAGACCGUCUCAUCCUACAACUUGGAGGUGAUUGCCCUGGAUCAUGGCAUUCCUCAGCGGUCCGGCUCGGUCAUGCUGAACAUCGAGGUCAGCGACGCCAAUGACAAUCCUCCUGUGUUUGUCGAGACCAACCAUACUGCUUAUGUUCAGGAGGACAAACCAGUCAACCAUCUGGUCUUCAAGUUCGACAUCAUUGACAAUGAUGACGAAGCCUCUGGUAAUGGUAGGCCCUUUCACCUUUGAGAUUCGGAAUGGGAAUGAAAACAACGAAUUCCGGAUGACUCAGGAUGGACACCUGCGCACCGCUACGAAGUUCAACCACAUGGUCAAGGCAGACUACCAUUUGCUCAUAAGGGUGUAUGACAAUGGGCGUCCCCCACUCUUUGCAGAGACAUGGAUUGACGUCAAGAUCAUCGAAGAGUCUCGCUACCCUCCGAUGGUACUCCCUCUCUACGUGACAGUAUUUGUCCACACAGGAGACUACUUUGGUGGUGUCCUUGGCAAAAUCAAAGCUGCAGAUGAGGACCCAUAUGACACACUCACGUACUCUGUUAUAUCCAGCCACAACGGAGGAACCUCUAGGUACUUCUCCAUUGACCCCCGUGACGGCACUCUGUCUUCUGUGGGCGGUUUGGAUGAGGGAUCCUACACCGUCAACAUUUCAGUAACAGAUGGGAAGUUCACAACCAUUGGUCAAGCAGAGACUGAUGUUAUUAAUAUUAGUGAUGAAAUGGUAGAGAACGCUGUCAUUGUGCAACUGGGAGGGGCAACUGCAGAGGAGUUCCUUCUGUCCUACAAGCGCAGUUUUCACAGAGGUAUCAAGAACCUCAUGAAUGUAAAGUCGAGGGACGUCAUCAUCCUCAGUCUCCAAAACAGCCACACAAGAACCAGACGAGAUGGCAAGAAGAAAGUGAGCAAAGGAAAAUAUGGAACUGCAGCUGAUCUUGAUGUGUUAUUUGCUGUAAGGAAGAAUGGAGGUGCUUUCUACCCAAGGAGCCUGGUUCGUAAGAAGGUCACCUCUGGUCAGCAGACAUUGGAAUCGGUGCUUGGACUGCAGGUGAUAGGUGUGGUGGAAGAUGAGUGCACAGAAGAUACCUGCGAAAAUGGUGAGUGCAGGGAACAAGUGGUGCUGGAUGACAGCCAGGUUGCCAUUGUAACAGAUACUAAGAGCUAUGUAUCUCUGCACCACCGCCAUGAGUCAAAGUGUGUCUGCCCCAUUGGCUUCUCUGGUGCCCGUUGUGAGAUUGUCAUCAACGAGUGUGCACACAACCCAUGCCCUUCAUUCAAGAUAUGUGAACCAGAUAGUUCAAGACUUGGAUAUAUAUGUGUUUGCCCAGAAGGUUUGGUUGGUGCCACAUGCAGCUUGAACAAGACCAGCUGCAUAGGGAGAGACACUAAUCCGGAAUGUUACUCUCCUGUCUCCCCCUUGUCAUUCCGAGGCAAAAGCUAUACACAAUACUCCCUCAGAAACCCAAUUGAGCGACACUUCUCCUUCUCUCUCUGGUUCCGCACACUGCAUCCAUCUGGGAAUUUGAUGUUCACCGCUGGAAGAAUUGAUUAUAGCAUCCUGGAGCUUGAGGAAGGGGAAGUCAGGUACAGGUGGGACUUGGGGAGUGGAGAAGGCCUUGUAACUGUAUCAUCUGUUCGAGUAGAUGAUGGGCAGUGGCAUCAUGUAGGUUUAGAGCGGUUUGGCAACACGGCUGAAGUGACGGUUGAUGGCCAGUUCAGGGAACAAGGAGCCUCCCCUGGUUCAUCAGACCUUCUCAAUCUUGAAACCCCACACCUGUACCUUGGAGCAGAAGUGAGACCAUGGGCAGGAGCCCAGGACCCACGGCAAGGGAUGGUUGGUUGCAUUGAUGACCCUAGAGUGGAUGAUACCCCCUUACCUCUGACUCAUCAGGCAACCACCAAGGUGGCAUCACUUACCCGCCUGGCCCACGUGGUGCAACACUGCCAGUCUGAGUUACAGCCUCCAGGUGUCUGUGGUGCUCACCCCUGUCUUAAUGGUGGCACUUGUGAAGAACGCGGUGCAUCCUUCAUUUGCCAGUGCCAUCCCCGUUUCCUUGGGUCACGUUGCGAGCUGGACUCCAAUCCUUGUGCUUCCUCACCUUGUUUAAACAAUGGCCACUGUGUCAACAUUGAAAACACUUACAGAUGUGAAUGUCCAGCUCGUGUGUCAGGCCCUCGCUGCCAGUACAUGUAUUGCAACCCUAAUCCUUGUCUGAACAGAGGAACUUGUGAGGAGGGUAUUUCUGGCCCAAUUUGCAAGUGCCGUGGGUUCACUGGAGCCUACUGUAAUAUUGACAUCAAUGAAUGUGCCAAGAACCCCUGUCUGAAUGGCGGCAGCUGCAUCAACACGUAUGGGAGCUUCCGAUGCAUGUGUCCAGGAAAUGCUACAGGGACUUACUGUGAUGCUGUCAGAGGAACACUGAUCGAUAUUGGAAUGGAGGAGAUCAUCUACAUAGUCAUUGGCAUAGUAUCAGUCAUCAUUCUUGGCCUGAUCAUUGUCUUAGCAAUGCACUGCCGAGAGAGGAGAGCUGCUCGCAGAAGACAGUUGAUAGAGCAGACAAACCAUGUUAUCCUGAAACCCAAAAAUACAGACAAUCAUAACAUCUACAAGAGAAAUUCUAAGAUGAGCAAUCUGGAAGCCUCACAGAAUCCGCACGGUUGCACGCCUCGCCCCGACUCCUACCCCACUAGUCCUAGUGAACCUGCGUACAUGCCGCUAAACAACUUUGACACCAUCCGUAGCUACGGCUCAGCUGGGGAUGAGCUAGAGAACCUUCCACAGUACUCCCGGGACUUUGUUCAAAACAUAUCCAAGCCCAACAGCCUCCACCAUCACCAUCACCUCCACACCCCCCAGAUUAACCCUCUUGGGACCCCCCGGGGCUCCACCCUGGGCUCCACCAUGGGCUCCACCCUGGGCUCACCAGGAUCCACUUUGGCAGCAGAUACAGACAGUUUGCAUAAACCGUGGAAGGAUGCACUUGCACAUAAUCUGAAGGACACCUACUAUGAGAAUGCCAAGAUCCAAAAUGAUGUAAAGUUCCGUCAGGGUGAGUACAUGAGCCUCAAGAAACUAAGUGUUGAUGGCAGCACCAGGGAUGAUGCUAGUGUGCGGUCUGGGGCCUCAAUGGACGAUCUGCCAGGCUACCAUUGGGAUUGCUCGGAUUGGGCGCGACCCUCCCAGAACCCACUUCCCAACAUCAUGGAAGUUCCCGGAGGAGAAGUGAGAGAUUCCUCCUCAUACCAUUCCAAUGAGUCUAACGAAUCUAUAGUAGUGAAGCCAGCAGAAAAUCAGCCUUUGAUGCCCCCAGUGGAGGGCCCAGUAGAUCCUGGUAGAGAUAUGGAGACCUUGCCAGCAGAUGAGCUUGUAAGUGAGUGUGGUACUGAAUUCGAGCUUGAGUCCCGACCUGACCUAGAUACCUCACAAUUACUCGACCCCAAUUCUGACGCAGGGGCCGAGUCUGACACUUCACUCUUCAUUCCCCAACCUCAAAGAUAUGAAACUCACCCGAACCAGUAUCUCCCACGUUACCAAGUGGGAAGUGAAACAGAAACCGACGACGAGAGGGGGAAGUUGCUGAACACACUUGAUGAUCCCUACAGUGUAGUCUACAGGCCUCCACCAAUCAACCAUCUCCCAGAGGACCGCGAUGGUGCCACAUACUCUCCUUACAGAGUUCGGAGCAAUCGCAGGCAUGACACCGUUAAACGCUUUAGUGAAUUUGGAGCAGAUAUAUCCGUGAUUUCUGGCAUGGAAGACGAAGAGGAAGGAGCCUCCUUGUGGGGUGGUGCAGCAUCCAAUACAUCUGCAUCUGACCUGGACAAUGUCUGUGAUAUUGAGGACUCAGAAGUCAACUCGGAGUUUGAGAAUGACGACAAAAUUAAGAAAUAGAUUUGAUGGAUCGCUAGAUUUAAAAAAAAACAAAAUGGGAGAAAAAAAAAAAAUCCAAGUGAAAGCGCACAAAUAGUUUAAACCAAGGAAAGAUGUACAGUUGUCUUCAAAAAGUACUUUUAGGAAUAUGACUGAAAAAUGGAAAAGAAAAGGAUAUUUUAGGGCAAUGGUAUUCUCAUUAGUGUCUGUGGAAAUGUGUCAAGUGGAUUCUUUUGUGAAUUACAGCUGCCAUUUCUUAGUGCCUGUAAGCUGACUAAGGUUAAAUAGGGAUUCCUUUUAAGUGUUAUGUAUAUCUUCCAGUGUGCCUAAAAUCCAAGGUUUUCAAUGAUACACGAGGACAUAGAAAGGGUUCCAGAUAUUUUCUGAAGUGAACCUGAAUUUUGAUUUCCUUGGGCAAAGUGCCAAUUUCUAUCAAAGUUUCCAAAAGAGAAAAUCUAGACAAGUGUGUGGUAUAGAUGCAUUAUACUUUAGUCAAUAGCACUGGAGAUGAUAGAAGUUUGUCUGCGAACAAGUGACAAGAUGUCUCCCUUGAUUAUUUAGAUUCUCAAGGCUAUUGGUGCUACUCUGAACUGCGCGACUCAUGCCAGCAGAUGGAUCAGUCUGCUAGUACUUAGAAGUCGCCUGUGUAAAACAGUGACUGUAAAUAAGUACUGUAAAUAUAAAAAAAAAAAAGUGGUCAUUGUAAAUAAUUUCCAAAAUGUGUUCCACAGAAUGUUUAUAUUUUUUCCAGUGUGAACUGACAGGGUUAGAUUCUUCAGGUAAGGUGUCAAGCUGCCUGUGAAGAUUCUUGGUAACUAACCAGUCACAGAUUGGGCUGAAUGACUGACUAGUCCAUGUUAGAAAUAGGUAAUAUGUAAUGCAUUUUUUGCAUUUCAUUGUAUCAUUAUUGGUACUACAUUUUGGUAUUUUAGAUUCAUUUAUAUGUCUCAUUUUAUCACUGACUCCUUAUUUCAUUAUUCAUAGGACGAUAGAUUAAAAUAUGAUUUGUGUUUACACAAAGUCAUUGGAGAUUUUUCUUUUCUUACUGUAACGUAUGUGAAAUGUUUAGAAACUAUUAAUUGUAUUUAUUUUAAUAGAACUGAUUGCAUUUAAAAUGGAAGACUUCCCUCCUGUUUAAGGUGGCAGUUUCUUGUGUCCUUAAGUGUCCUUGUGCAAAGAGCAUAGGAGAGAGUUGGUGUUGUGGCCAGGCAGUGCCGGAUGCCCAUCUAGCCGUAGCGGGGUUUGUCCUGCAGUUGCCAUGACGACCUGGAAUGAUGCUUGUUGCUAAACUUGAUUAACAUGAAUUGAGCAGCUUUUAUAUAUAUACAUAUAUAUAUAAAUAUAAACUUUUAAAAAUAUUACUUCAGUAAUUUUUAUGUAUUUUAUUGACAAUGAUAUAUUAAUUAAUCCAAUCAAGCAUAGACAAUUCUCCAAAACUGCUUCCCAAAACAGGCUUCCUCCAUAACCAAGGAACGUUUUUGUAAACAUAAUUGAAUAUUCAAAUUGCAUUACUUGUACGUUGGAACUGGAGAUGUAAGUUCACCUCUUUUAUUUACUCAGUUUGACAUGUGACAUGAUCAGUAAAACAAGUUUUUUUUAAUGUUAUCAAUAUUAAUCUAUUUUGUUUCUGGAACUAACAAAGAAACCCCUGUUUAUAAUAUCGAAGGACUGAUUACUGACCAUGUCAUGAACAUUGUGCUUUGCAAUCCUACCAGCUGUCAUAUCCUCUGUACCAUUCCGUUCCUGAUAGGUUAUUGUACUAACCGAAGUACUUGUGAUAAUAGCUAUACUCUGUAGAGGAGGGAUUCAUAUUUUUAAUGUGAACUAAUACAGGAGUAACGGUUAUAUUAAAACAGUUUUAUGAAUAAUUGUAUGGUUGCUUUGGCAGCUAUUGUUUUAUACAGAUUUUGUAAAUAAACUUGUAAUAACUUG